AGCCUGUCCUUGCUUGCAAUAGGAACACUGUCACCUCAGGAGCCUUCUUCCUGAAGACCUGAGAGGAUGAGUGGUCAGACCCCACCCACACUCCAGAAGCGAGCAAGGCAGACACAGCUGAGAGAUGAGGCUUUGGCCAUAUCCCCUCUGGAGAACGUGCCAGCUGUGUACGUCCCAUGGCUGUUCCAAGAGGCCUUUGCUGGCAGACACAACUCGCUCAUAAAGACAAUGGUGGCAGCCUGGCCUUUCCAAUAUCUCCCUGUGGGGUCAUUGAUAAAUAUGCAUAACCUGGAAACCUUGCAAGCUCUGCUAGAUGGUGUAGACAGGAGACUGACAAGAAAAUUUCCCCCCGGGAGGCCAAAACUUCAGGUUCUCGACAUGAGAAAUGUGCACCAUGUCUUCUGGAACAUAGGGAGCGAUGCAAAUGACAGUGACUCUGAUGCAGAGACCUUGGAUGAAAAGCAAGUAGUGAAGGCCCUUCCCAGAUAUGCACUGAGGCAGCGUCUGAAGAUCAUAGUUGAUCUGUCAAUCAGUUCUCAGCUCAAUGAAGAAAAAGCAUAUUUCUUGAAUUGGGCCAAGCAGAGAAAGGGGUCCAUAAAUUUCUGCUGUACAAAGAUGAAGAUCUGGGAUGCACCAGACAAAGUUAUCAGAGAAAUCAUGAAUGUUUUUCAUCCAGAGCACAUUACAGAAUUAGAACUGUAUACCGACUGGACUCUGUUGCGGCUGGCACAUUUUGCUCCCUACUUUGGGCAGAUGAAAAAUCUUGAAAAAGUCUUCCUGGCACCACUCCACAAGAAUACCUCCCCUAUUAUGAAUAUAACAGGGGCCUCAAAAGUCAAGUGUAUCAAAAAGAUUAUUUCUCAGUUUUCCAAAUUCAACUGUCUCCAACAUGUCUUCAUGAAACGUGUCCAUUUUCUCAGAGACCACCUGCAUCAGAUCCUAGGGUGCCUGAGGACGCCCUUGCAGACCCUCUCCAUCACUCACUGCCUAAUUUCACAGACAGACUUGGAUUCCUUUUCCUGCUGUCACAACCUUUUUAAGUUAAAAAAUCUGGAAAUCAGAGGAGUGACACUAUUUGCUCUCGAUCUUAUGCCUCUGAGAGGUCUCCUAGGAAAACUGGCAGGUACUCUUAAGUCUCUGGAUUUUCAGUGGUGUAGCAUGAAGGACUCCCAGCUCAUUGUCCUCUUACCUGCCCUCAGUCAAUGCUCUCAGCUCAACCAGAUCAACUUCUACAGCAAUGACUUCUCCAUGGCCAUCCUGAAGGACCUUUUGCAGCACACAGCCACCUGGAGCAAGAUGAAUGUGGAACAAUACCCUGUCCCUCUGGAGUGCUAUGAUGCAUUGGGUCAUGUCUCCAGAGAAAGAUUUGUGGAACUUUGUCAGGAGCUCAUGGAUACCCUCAGGGCCAAAAGAGAGCCUAAGAGCAUAUCUUUUGCAACAAAUGUCUGCCAAAACUGUGGCAAGACCUGUGUCUAUGGCCAGGGGGCAAGGCUUUGUUCCUGUUUGCAGUAAACAUGGAUACAGGACUUCUGACUAUGAAUAAAUGACAUGCUUUGGACACAUCUC